AUGGACAAAUCUUCGGACAAAUUAUAUGAAACAUCGCUCGAUCGGCCAGAGGAAUUGUCGGACGUCGUGUAUCUGACCCAUUUAACGACGCCGGAGUCGAUCUAUCAUCUCCGGCUUGGUUUUGCAGCCCUUGCCUCUACACCCCAAACUUCUAAGUGGUACCUGUGGGUGCUGUGGCCUGUGACUCUUUGGUCCAUGAUGUACUUCAUGCACUGGCAAAAAGAGUUAAUCAAUAGUUUGAUUGAGGAAGCUAUAUUAGAAGCUGAGGAAAGAGGCAGUAAGGUGUUAAGUCUAGGUCUGUUCAAUCAGGGGGAGGAACUGAAUAGAAAUGGCGAGGUUUACCUAAGAAGGCACCCUCAGUUAAAAGUGAAGGUGGUAGAUGGAAGUAGCUUAGCUGUGGCUGUUGUGCUAAAUAGCAUUCCCAAAGGAACAACCCAAGUGGUCCUUAGAGGCAAUUUGUCUAAGGUUGCUUAUUCCAUUGCCCUUGCUUUAUCCCAAAGGGGUCUCCAGGUGGCCACAUUACGUGUGGACGAGUAUAAGAGGCUAAAAGCAAAGCUUGACACCGACGCUGGAAGUAACAUAGUCCUCUCAAAAAGUUAUGCUCCCAAGAUAUGGUUAGUGGGAGGAGAAUUGACAGAAGAAGAGCAAAUGAAGGCAUCAAAAGGAACAUUAUUCAUUCCCUUCUCACAAUUUCCCCCAAAGAUGAUCCGCAAAGAUUGCUUCUACUACAACACACCAGCAAUGUUGACUCCCAAAUAUCUUGAGAAUGUUGAUUCUUGUGAGAAUUGGUUGCCUAGAAGGGUGAUGAGUGCAUGGCGCAUAGCUGGGAUCCUCCAUGCUUUAGAAGGAUGGAAUGUGCAUGAGUGUGGUGAUAUGAUGUUCAGCAUUGAGAAAGUUUGGAAGGCCAGUCUUCAACAUGGGUUUUGUCCUCUCAAGAUGCCCACACAAUCAAAGCCUUAAUAAUACCUAGAAAACUAUCAGGCUAGCUAUCAUCUUCGAACAUGUGCUGUUAAUCACACCCUAAUCCCGAUCGCCUUUAUCAUUAUCUAUAGGCCAAUAUUUCUCUAUCUUGCAAUUGUUUGUUGAUGUGGGUUUUGUGUUUUGUAUUUCUAAGAUCAUACUAUGCAUAUAUAUAUAUGUGUGUGUGUGU